AAUUUACUGCUAUCUUUCACAGCAGCGCGUGAGAACUGAGCGUAGUCCACGCAGGUUGCAAACGGCGGGAAAAUCACUUGAGGCUCGAGCACAAACUGACGACAAACGUUGUUGAAUGUUUUUGUUUAUAAACGAUUCGUAACAUUUUUAUCCUUUUGGUUAGAGUAAUACUACUUCUGUGGAAAUAAUUAGACAUUGCGUUGUUUUAUAGAAUAAAUUGUGGGCAUUGGUUGUGAGGUCGUCUAGUAAGUGCAUAGAUUUGGAAAGGAUAUCCUUAUACAUCGGGACUAUGGCGGCAUCAGGGAGAAAACAGAAUAAGAAGAUCAAACACACUGAUAACUCGACAGAUCUGAAGACUUUUGACUUCAGUACAGAGGAGAAGAAAGAGCUGAGCGGAUCUGACGAUGAUACAAGAGAUGAAACUCCAAUUAUUGACAAGCCUGGCAAGAAACGACCAGCAGAUGCAUUUGAUGAUGAUGACCUGAAUGUAGGUGUGGGGAAUGAAGUUCAAUCUAUGCUGGAAAGAUUUGGUGCGGACAUCAGCAAGGCCAUGCAGUCCAAAAAGAAACGCCUGGAGGCUCUUACCAAAAUCUCUUUAAAGGGUAGCACACAGAAACUAGAGCAAAUGUGGAAAACUCAGCAGAAUCAGAGGCAGAAGCUGACACAGGACUAUUCCCAGCAGGUCUUCGGUGUCCUUCAGCAGUGGGAAACUGAUGUUCAGAAAUCUGAAGAACAAGAAGAAAAACUGAAUAAUUUGUUUCGCCAGCAGCAGAAGCUCCUCCAGCAAGCAAGGGUUGUGCAAAACCAAAAAAUGAAAACCAUCAAAGAGCUAUAUGAGCAGUUUGUCAAGAAAAUGGAAGAGAUGGAGAAAAGCCAUGAAACUUUCCUGCAAGGCACCCAGAUGGAGCUUAAAAAGGAGAUGGCCCUGCUGCAGAAGAAGAUUAUGAUGGACACACAACAACAGGAGAUGGCCAAUGUUCGGAAGUCUCUUCAAUCCAUGCUGUUUUGAAAAUAUCUAUUCGAAUUUCAUCUUUUGUUCAAAUUGAAUUUCAACAGGAAUUUUUUUUUAUAGUUCCUAUAAAUCAC